CAAUUUUUUUUAACCUCUUCCUAACAAUCUCAGUCAACCUAUCUCUUAAAACAAACGUGCGAUAUAUAUAUUUCUUCUUCUAUUCAUUACUUACAAUUUGCAAGAUCUGCAGAUAGGUGAGCAAAAAGAUAAGGUUUGGUAAGACAUUAAGCUAUGCAAAGCUGAAGAAUACUGAUUUGGAAAUUCUUGUGAAUCUUGUUGGUGACAAGGAAAGAUAUUUAAAAUCUCACAUGGUGCUAAAAUCUUGAGAUCUUAGAGAAUUUUCUUUUCUGUACACCCUUCAUUCAAAGUUGAAUCUCUCUAUCUCACCAUGACUCCAGAUUGAGUAAGAUUGAUGGUGUUGGAAUUUUAUCAUUCAUAUCUAGAUCGGGUUAUUCUUGACAUCAUUUGAGAGACUUACAUCUUUAAAAGGAAUGAUUUGUCUCAUGUUGAAAUUUCAACUGGAUCACAUAGUUAAGAAUUUUUACCAACCAAAGUUAAUCAACGGAGUUCUCUUACUAGUCAGAAUUAAUGAAAGGAUUCAACUAGAGCAUGAGUUAGAAUACUGGGCCAAGGAAUUUCACAAUUUCAUUAAAAAAUCAUGUCAUUUGGUCCAUGGUGGGGAAAAUUGCAAUUCUAUGAUCUCUUGCAAGCUUAUCUCAAUUCAUGAUUUGGUGAAUGCAUUCUACAAUUUCUUUAAAUAAAGAUACAGAUUGAGAAAGCUUUAUCCUCUGAAAUUCGAAUCUCAAACUAGUUUCUUCUUCAAUAUUUGUUUCAAAAAAAAAGAAAAAAAAAGAAAAAAAAAAAGAGAAAAGGUGGAUUGAAAAUGAGUGCCCUGCAAGGUGUAUUUUCAAUUGUAGGGGCAAUUACAGGGAGAAUAGUUGAGCCAGUGAUCCAAUUAGUGGUGCUCCACGUUGGUUUUGUUGUUCAGUACAAGAAGAAGCAGGAGAAACUAGAAGUUGAAAUUAAAAACCUUGAAGAGAAGAGAAAACAAAUCAAAGAAAAAGUUGAUGAAGCCAUUACUCGUGGUGAAGAAGUUGAUGAACCUGUUUCAAACUGGCUAGUAGAGGUGGAAGAAAGACUUCAGAAAAUUAAGGAUGACAAUACUAUUAACGAAAACAUGCAGUGCUUUAAAUUCUCAUGUCCGGAUUACAUCUCGCGAUACCGUAUGAGCAAGGAAGCCGAAAACAAGAUGGAAGAAGUAAGAAAUCUCACUCAGAGUGGCAAUUUUAGCACAGUUGCACAUCCUAAGCCAUUUGCUCAAGAACUUCAAUUCCCAUCAUCAAGUGCAAACUAUGCAAAUUUUGAGUCGCGAAAAUCGGUUUGCGAGAACAUCAUGGUGGCAUUACAAGAUUCCAAUGUUAAAAUGAUUGGAGUAUAUGGAACAGGAGGCGUUGGUAAGACGACAAUGGUCGAAGAGAUUGGCAAACAAGUGAAAAAUGUACUUUUUGAUGAAGUGGUGGUGGCAGUUGUCUCUCAGGACGCAAAUGUGAGCAAUAUUCAAGGGCAACUCGCUGUCCGCUUGGGUCUGAAACUAAUAGAGAAAACUGAAGUGGGAAAAGCAAAUGAACUGUGGAAUAGAUUAAACAAUGGGAAGAAAAAUCUCAUUAUAUUGGAUGAUAUUUGGCAAGAAUUGAACUUGAAGACAAUAGGUGUUCCUAUCACAGAUGGAAACAAAGGUUGCAAAAUUGUGAUAACGUCUCGAAUCCGAGGUGUGCUGGAGAAGAUGGAAGUUGAUAGAUAUUUUCCAAUGCAAGUAUUAUUAGAGAAAGCAGCAUGGGCCCUGUUCAAGAAGAAGGUGGGAAAUUUUGUUGACUCUCCUGAACUCCAUGAUAUAGCUGAUGCAGUUUGUAAAGAGUGUGGAGGCUUGCCGGUUGCUAUACUUGCAGUUGGAGCCGCAUUGACAGAUAAGAAAAAAUAUGUUUGGGAAGAUGUACUUGAUCAAUUCAAAGAUUCCAUACUAAAGAAUAUUGCGGGAAUCGAGCCAAAGGUGUAUGCUUCCUUAAAGUUAAGCUAUGAUCGGUUAGAAUCUAGUGAUGCAAAAUCAUGCUUCUUGCUGUGUUGUUCCUUUCCUGAAGAUGCUAAUAUUUCAAUUGAAGUGUUGGCGAGACACUGCAUAGCAAGAAGUUUGCUUGGACAAAAUACAAAUACACUAAGAAGAGCAAGCCGUCGAGUACUUACAGUGGUCGAUAUCCUCAAAGAUGCUUGUUUGUUAUUAGAAGGUGAAGAUGAAAACUUUGUCAAAAUGCAUGAUGUCAUUCGAGAUGUUGCUCUUUCAAUUGCGAAAGAUGAUGGCAAGGAAAUUCUAGUAAAACAUGGUGACAAAAAGUGGCCCGAGAAAGAUACAUUCGAAUCUUCCUCAGCAAUGUCAUUAAUGUUCGACAGCACUCUUGAGCUUCCGAAGCUUCCGGAUGAUUUGGUAUGUCCACAACUCCACACCUUGACCAUAGUAUUGGAAUGGGACUGGCGUAGCGAUGCUUUGCUUAAUGUUCCAGAUAGGUUUUUCAGUGGAAUGGAGAAACUUACAAUUUUAGAAUUGAAUAGAAUCUGUAUGUUGCCUCCAUUAUCUCUUGCUAAUUUGGUUAACCUUCGGAUGUUAUGGUUAGAAGAUUGUGAGUUGGGAGACAUAGCUAUACUCAAGGAUCUAAAUAAUAACCUUGAAAUACUUAGAGGUUCUAAUAUCGAGGUUUUGCCAUCAGAGAUAGGACAAUUGACUCGUCUUCGGUUGUUAGAUCUGGGAAAUUGUAAAAAGCUCACAGAGAUUCCACAAGGUGUCAUAUCCAAUUUGUCUCGCCUGGAAGAAUUAUACAUUUUAGAUGAGCAUAGGCAGGAAAGAAGCAAAGUGAAUCUUGAUGAGUUGGGGAAAUCGACGCAAUUAACCACUUUACAGAUUCACAUACCAAAUGUCAUGCUAUUGCCCAAGGACUUCUGCUUUGAAAACUUGAUCAGAUUUAAAAUAUCAAUUGGUAUUGGUAUGCGUAAGGGUAUGGGUAUUUCUAAAACUUAUUCAAAGUCGUGUAAACUUAGGGGUGUUUCCUUAAUGGACAAGUUUAUCGUUUUGUUGCCGAGAGCUGAAGCGCUACUUUUGGAAAAUAUUGAAGGUUUACCAGAGGUGCUGCAUAACAGAGGUGGGGAGGGGUCUUUGAUGGAACAUCAUGGACUAAAUCCAUCAGGCUUCUUCAAUAAUUUAAUUGAAUUAACAAUUAAAGAUUGUAGGUUGGAAUAUCUCUUCUCCCUGUCCUGUGCAAGAGGAUUUCCACGGCUCCAGAGACUACAAAUAGUUGAUUGUGAGAUGAUGGAAGCAAUAGUUGGAAUUGAAGAAGAAAAAGAUGAAGAUGAACUCUCAAGUCAGGUAAUUAAUUUCAGUCAGUUGAAAUAUUUGGAUCUCGUGAAUCUACCCAAGCUCAUAAGCUUCUACCCCAAAGUGGAGAAGAUGACAACAUCCGAAGGAAAUUCUUCUACCCAGGCACAAUCUUUGUUUAAUGAAAAGGUAUGCUCUAUCAAUACCCUUUUCAUUUGCUUUAAUCCAUUAUAUCUAGUUAUUAUAAAAUGCUCUAUGCAUUAGGAAUACAAUCAAACAGUGCUAGGUUAUUUUCAAUAAAAAUCAAAAUUGUUAAUCCCUAAAAAA